AAAAAAACCAAAAAAAAAAAAAAAAAAAAAAAAAAAAAAAAGAGACAUAAGAAAGAUGUUGGAGUUGUGUCGUCGGCCAUUGGAGAAGUGCUUCGGAGGGGGCGACGGCCGUGGAGAUGGACUGAUGUGGCACAUGGAUCUCAAGCCCUACGCCUCCGGCGACUUCUCCAUCGCCGUCGUCCAAGCCAACUCGUCUCUCGAGGACCAAGGACAGGUGUUCACCUCUCCUUCCGCCACGUAUGUCGGUGUCUACGACGGCCAUGGAGGUCCUGAAACCUCCCGAUUCAUCACCCGCCACCUCUUCCCUUUCCUCCAAAAAUUCUCGACGGAGCAAGGGGGGCUAUCGGAGGAGGUGAUAAAGAAGGCGUUCGACGCGACGGAGGAGGAGUUCCUGCACUUAGUGAAGCGAUCGUGGCCGACGAGGCCUCAGAUCGCGUCGGUGGGGUCGUGUUGCCUCGUCGGCGCCAUAUCCGGCGACGUUUUGUACGUCGCGAAUCUCGGCGACUCGAGGGCGGUUCUCGGCCGGAGAGGCUCCGACAGCAACGGCACGGUCAUCGCCGAGCGGCUCUCGACUGAUCACAACGUGGCGGUUGAAGAAGUGAGGGAGGAGGUUAAGGAGCUUCACCCGGAUGAUUCCCACAUUGUGGUGUACACGCGUGGGGUUUGGCGGAUCAAGGGCAUUAUUCAGGUCUCGAGAUCGAUCGGAGAUGUUUACUUGAAAAAACCCGAGUUCAACAGAGAUCCUCUGUACCAGCAAUUUGGCAUUCCUAUUCCAUUAAAAAGGGCUGUAAUGACAGCAGUACCUUCAAUAUUGGUUCGGAAAUUGGGGCCUCAAGACAUGUUUUUGAUCUUUGCUUCAGAUGGUCUCUGGGAGCAUUUGAGUGACAAGGCUGCUGUUGAGAUUGUCUUCAAAAAUCCAAGAAUCGGAAUAGCAAAGCGAUUGGUGAGAGCUGCCAUUCAGGAGGCUGCAAAGAAAAGAGAAAUGAGAUAUGACGACAUAAAGAAGAUUGAAAAAGGGAUCAGACGCCAUUUCCAUGAUGAUAUCACUGUGAUUGUGAUAUACCUAGACCAUUCACAAGCUUCUCUAAAUGGAAGAUUUAAAGAUCAUAGCGCUUUUGACUGCACUACUGUUCCUGUGGAUAUAUUCUCCCUUAAUUCUGAUGAAGAUGUCUCACUUCAUGGAAUUAACUGAAAAUACAUUUGGUCAAGGUUCUUGCUGCUUUCUUGUGUAUAUAAUUAUAUAUAAUUUACAUGCUUAUAGUUCUAUAAAAAAGUUAUAGAGAGGUGCUUCUGGCUGGGCAAACAACAAGAGUUUCAAAAUAAUCGUUGUUAUAGGAAGGGAUUGUAAGUAAUUUUAUUUGUAAAUGGAGAGAUUACAAGGUAGGAGCUGCUGUUAAUUCCUAGCUUUGGGUUUUGAUUGUCUUUGAAUAAUUUUCCUUCUUUCUUUUCUUUUUUGUUUUGUUUUUUUUUUUCCUUUUCUGGUAAAUAGUUGGCUCUUUUAUUGUUCUUC